AUGUAUAUAGAUGAUGUAUAUGUUGUAGAUGCUAUGGAUAUAGAUGAGGAUCUAUGCUUUCGCGGUGAGAGUACUAAUAUCUCAAGUUUUAUUAAUGGGAAUUUCAAAAUGAAGAUGGCGGGUGGCUUGUUUUACAUACAAAAUCCUAACAAAGUGCCUCUUAGGGAAGAUGCACAUUUUAUUUGUAUAGAGGAAAAAAUCAUAGGUGUAGCAGAUAGCGUUGAUGGUUGGGCGACAAAGGGUAUCGAUUCUAGAGAAUAUUCGAGACAGUUGGUUAGAAAUGCUGAAUUAUCGAUUCACAAGCAGAAAGAUCAAAAGAACAAAAUUCAGCCAAUGGAAGUUCUCAACGAGGCUUAUUUUAACACAAAAUGUCAAGGUUUGUCAAUAACUUGUAUUUUGACUUUAAUGUGUGAUAAUGUACAUGCGGUCAACCUUGGAGAUAGUGGAUUUGUUGGUAUAAGAGACGGAGUAAUAGUUUACAAAUUGGAAAUUCAGCAAAAAAGAUUCGAUUAUCCUUUUCAGUUAGGGAAUGGUGUUAAAUUUGAUGAUUCAAGUGUGGAACAAGAAAUUAAAGUUACAGUGAGAACAUGGGAUGUGAUAGUGAUGUCUACAAAUGGAUUGUUCGAUAACGUUCACAACAUAGAGUUGGAGAAAUUAGUACGCGAUGGGCUAAUGGAUUUGCGCAAACUAGAAAUAUUUUGGAGAAAUUGUUCAUGUGGAUUAGAAGAAUAA